AUGUGCACCCCCAGCAACACGCCGGCCACGCCGCCCAACUUCCCGGAUGCUCUGGCCAUGUUCUCCAAGCUGAGGACCUCCGAGAGCCUGCAGAGCAACAACAGCCCCAUCCCAUCCAUGGCCUGUUCCCCACCGGGGAGUUUCAGCCCUUUCUGGGCUUCCUCACCCCCCAGCCACCAACCCACCUGCCCCUCCGCCGUGGCCUCCAACAGGCUGUGGGUCACUGUGCCCCCCAGGGCAGCUCUGUCGGCCUUCUAG